AUGCUCCCAUACGAGAUCGGUAUAAUACGCCAAUUUCCAUUCACAUCCUCGCUGCAACGCAUGUCCGUCGUAGCGCGUGUUCUCAACGGCACACACUUCAAUCUGUAUGUCAAGGGCGCUCCGGAAAUGAUCGAAGCACUAUGUCGUCGUGACACCAUACCCUCGGAUUUCCAUUCGGUGUUACUUCAAUACGCUCGAGAAGGUUAUCGUGUUUUGGCGCUUGCAUGGCGUCCAUUGAAAAUAUCCUACACACGUGUCCUUAGAAUACCGCGUGAACGCGCCGAACAUGACCUGCUGUUUCUCGGAUUCUUGGUUAUGGAAAACCGUUUGAAACCAGAGAGUGCACCAGUCAUCCAAACUCUCCGUAGUGCAAACAUUCGGCCGGUUAUGGUCACCGGUGAUAAUAUGCUCACUGCCGUUUCGGUCGCACGAGACUGUGAAAUGAUCGAUGAACUGGACAGAAUCAUCAUUGUUUCUGCCAAGCCUCCUCCAAAAGUUGGCUUGUCAAGUACCAAUUUGGAUGAUGUAGCCGCGGGAGAUGUCGCCGUCGGUAGGACCGUCCCGGUCUCUUUUCCGGUGGAUGCGAACUUCAGUGCCCCGUCAUCCUUUGUUGCUAUGGCUCACGAUUCACCUCUGGUGGAAUUUCACUAUGCGGAGGAUUUACAUAAACCAGUUACCGAAGUUACCGCGACUGAUGGAGGAUGGCGCAACGGCCAAUUGCGUCCAUCCCAUCCGGAAAAAGCUAGACACCGGUGGUUCCGUGAUAAUAUGCUCACUGCCGUUUCGGUCGCACGAGACUGUGAAAUGAUCGAUGAACUGGACAGAAUCAUCAUUGUUUCUGCCAAGCCUCCUCCAAAAGUUGGCUUGUCAAGUACCAAUUUGGAUGAUGUAGCCGCGGGAGAUGUCGCCGUCGGUAGGACCGUCCCGGUCUCUUUUCCGGUGGAUGCGAACUUCAGUGCCCCGUCAUCCUUUGUUGCUAUGGCUCACGAUUCACCUCUGGUGGAAUUUCACUAUGCGGAGGAUUUACAUAAACCAGUUACCGAAGUUACCGCGACUGAUGGAGGAUGGCGCAACGGCCAAUUGCGUCCAUCCCAUCCGGAAAAAGCUAGACACCGGUGGUUCCGUCGAAGGAGGAAGUCGCAUACUCGGAGCCCAGUUACCGUUACUGUGAAUGUGGACGAUGGUGCCGCGGAGAACGAUCAUGUUAUUGAUGCCACCCAUUCGCAUCGGGUCAACAUACGAAUGAUCGAUCGCCCGGAUUUUCACCUUGCUAUUUCCGGAAAAACAUGGGGUGUUAUUAAAGAGCAUUAUCCGUGGCUCAUUCCUAAGCUGGUCGUUAAGGGGACGGUGUUCGCUCGCUUUUCUCCUGAUCAAAAAACGCAGUUGAUCGAGGCACUGCAGUCAGUGGGGUAUUUCGUGGCUAUGUGUGGAGAUGGCGCAAAUGACUGCGGCGCCCUCAAGGCCGCUCACGCCGGCAUUUCUCUCAGUGAGGCGGAAGCCAGCGUUGCCAGCCCGUUUACGUCAAAACAACAAAAUAUCGGUUGUGUGCCUACGCUGGUCCGCGAGGGACGCUGUGCUCUGGUCACAAGUUUCGGCACUUUCAAGUUCAUGUGUGGUUACUCACUAGUCCAGUUUUUUACUACUCUCUUACUCUACACGAUCGGGAGUAACAUCACGGAUCCUCAAUUUCUCUUCAUCGAUCUCUUCCUCAUUACCACGCUUAGUGUGACAUUUGGCUACACACGUGCCUAUGCACACCUGUCUGUGGAACCUCCAAAUAUGCACCUUGUCUCCGCCGUCACUCUGAUGUCCCUGGGUUUCCAACUGUUUGUGAACUAUCUAUUCCAACUAGGGGCAUAUUUUUGGAUUCGCGCACAACCAUGGUACAUCAAUCUCUACGAAGUAAGCGACGACUUCGAACUAAUGAACUACGAAAGCACCGUUUUGUUCAUUAUCUCGGCCUACCAAUAUUCCAUUCUGGCAAUUGUGUUCUCUAAAGGCGCUCCCUACAGACGCAGUAUAGUCUCGAACACACUAUUUAUCGUGAACCUCGUCGUUUGUCUGGCAGUCACCAUUUAUCUGACAACCUAUCCGUUCGACCAGCUGUUGGAAUUUUUCCAGAUGAUUCGUAUACCUUCCGUCAUAUUCCUGUUGAUUGUUCACUCUGCGGCGCUGGCUAACUUCAUGGCUUGCUAUUUGCUGGAAACAUUCGUCGAUGGGGUAUCAUUCCGACGCCGCCUGUUACACAUUCGUCGGGCCCUGUUUCCGAGGCGCGUGGAAAGGAAGGAUUAUGAACGAAUUCGAGAGGAAAUUGAUCGUAUGGCUGGAUCUUGGCCUCCAAUAAUACGUUCUGCUAGUGUCCAGGCCCUACCACGUGAAUUGUUCAAUGAGGGCGAUGCUGUUUCAUCAGCUCACUUGGAGCGCCGCAAACUAACGACUUCUGGUUUUUCCUCGGACAGUGAAGAUGAAGCGGUUUCACCAGGGCCGACCCUCUUGUCUGCACCCGGUCCUCAAGUCCACCGGGUGGAAGUCAGUAAAACAGUGAACAAUGCGAAUAUCACCAUGAUUGACUCCAGACCACGGAGACAACCCAUCACUGCUGCUCGAUCGCGACGUCGCCACUCAGCGGGUGAAUUGCGCUUAGACUCUCAACCCUCCAGAACGUCCGAUUCUACAGUGGUGCACUUUGACAGCCCAGACGAUGAUGAUGUUUUUGAAUACCCACCAAAGGAAUCCCGUCACGGUACCCAACAACCUUGGUUACGCAAUGUCCGCAGACGUUCCAAAAGUUCAGGACCAACGUCAGAAGGCUUUUCCGUCACAUUUGUUUCUCCCACUUCUGAUUCUAUAUUCGUGGAGCCAGGAGGGUCGUACAACCGUGUGUAAACCUCUGCAACUAUGGUGCUGCGGAUUCUUCUGCUACCGCACGGAGCUGGCAAUUUCACGUUUGUUUGUUUGACCAACUUCAAUACCACAGAUCUCAGAAACCUAAUCAUAUUUCUGGUUACUGUUUAAAACCGUAGGUUACACGAGGAGACUUUCUCACAUUGUUUUUCCUCAUGAAAGUUGGACGCAACUGAAGAAGCGGUUAUUUCCUACCUAAAUGAAUUCACCCUCUCGCAGUUCCUUCUGUAGGAAUUCUUAUUGGUCCUUUCUCAUCCUAUCGUACUUUCUAUGAAUUUCAAUGUAACUUUAAGGCUAGUGAUCAUUUGAACGCCAAGCUUUCUGCAGAAACUUCUCCACAGAAUCUGUUAAUUAGACAAUGGGCCCCUUCACCUCUUCCACUGUUCGUUUCCAAUCGGUCCAUGUAGGUUCGGUGUUCCACGGAACAUUCUGUUGCACCCUCACCUCCCUGACAAUUUGUACUUCUGUGCAAGCCAUGCUAAGAAUCGAUUGCGUUAUCUGUUCAGACUUAUGAUCAAACUGCAACUUACAUUUACGACUCAUGUUCUGUCCCAUUAACCCGGCUAACAGUGCCGUCUGAAUGCAGUGA